AGCCAUUUGGGUUCCAUUUCGAUACCAUUUUACUCCGCUCGCGUUUCCCGCCAACGCAGACCAACCACGCAAUUGUAGGGGUAGUUGAGGGGCCACGUGAUGAAUCUACCACUGCUUGCGUUUGGUAUGUUCUUCCCACGCUGCGCUGGUCUUCGCGUCAACGGGAGUGAGGAUGGCAGCGUAGUUCCUGCGCCUGAGUGGUUCACCUUGUAUGAUACAUGCGCAUCGUUGCAAGAGAUCUGGCGCGACGGUAAACACCAGUAUGGGGGGCACUGGCAUAAAAGGACACUCGGGGAAGUGGCCAAAGGUGAGGACGAGUGCCAAUCUAGCAGGGUUGCCGAAGAUGUUUGGGAAUCUGCACUUUCCCACAUUGGUGGAAAGAAAAACUUCCUCCUCGCAUCAGCAGAUGAGCAGGUCAUGUCUUGGAUGCAGGGGGAACAAUUUCAGUCGUUGUAUUUCAUUGGUGAUUCACUUGGCUUUCAACAGUUCAGGUCUUCGAGGUGCAUAUUGGAAGCUGCCGGCUGGUCCAGGAUGCGAGUGACUGGAUUCGUUGCCCAACAUGAAAAAACAACAUUGGAAGAAUUGUGGUCCCGUGGGGGUCGCUCGAUUCUUGUAAGCAUGAGUUGGAGAGCUUGGUUACGUGAAGUUCCCGAUUUACUCGAUGCCAGCCUGCGCAACGCCAGCUUAAACGGCCGCGUCCAUCCUUCGAAGGAGAUUGUUGUAGUGGCACUUCAUGCUCACUACAACGAGCCCAGCAUGUGGCUCAAUGAGCUAAAAGAGUUCAAAGCGUGGGUGCAGAUCAAGAAUGCAAACAUUAUUUUGCGGGGGCCAUUACCUCAACAUUUUAGUAAACCAGAUGGUACAUAUCGAGGUGGGUGCACCCCCAAUUCGGAAUCGUCGGAUUGGCGACGUUCAGCAUUCCAAGACGUGAUUGGCACAUCGAUGCCAGUGUUGCACGUGUUUGACUUUAUCCAUCCGAUGCAUUUCGCGCAUGCCCGCAAUCAUGGAGAUUGCACCCAUUACUGUUUGCCCGUGCACCAUGUGAUAAAUGCAGCGCUGGCAGCGCUGUUGAGCGGUUGGCACCAAUGAUUGGAGGGUGGAUAGGAGUUCGCUUUAAUUUUGAAGUUUCAGGGAUGCAAUCUUGGCAGUUCCUCUCCCUCCUCCUCGUUCGCCCCCUGUCCAUCCUCCGCCUCUCCCUCCUCCUCCUCCCCUUCGGUCGAGCCUGCAGGGUGCCUUGCUUCUACGACAGAUGUGCCGUGCCGUGCCUGGAGCAUGGCGGAGGCGCAGAAGCGGCAGAAACAUAUGCAUAAUGAUUUAACGCAUGCUCCCAU